AUGUGUUCGACCUUUAUGCAUGUGAGUCACAUUUUACAAUUCUGAAGUUUUCUGCGCUGAUAUCAUCUCCUGAAUCGAGGUCAUUAUCGUUUCUUUGCAGAAAAACAGCUACACCAGCGCCUACUCGAAGUCGCAAUACGAGGCGCCGAAGCAAGUAGGUUUCACUUUCCCGAUUGAUAAUAUGAAGGUCAUUCCCAUUUUUUUCAGCUGCUUGAACUCCGCUCUCGCGUCAAGCCUUUGCUUUCUCCUGACUCGUGUACCAGUUCCGACAGCGUCUUCUCGCACUCGUCUCUGUCCCCUCGGGCGCGUCCGGAACAUCAGAAGCUCCAUCUCGCUUUCAUCGAGAAGGACAGACGUGUCAAUUCAUCCACACAUCAGUUCCUGAAGAUGAAGCCGUCAAUGCAACAGUACCAGGCCUACGAUCGUCCCACUUACUCUCGCAAGACGACGUUGCCACCGUUGAUGAGAACACCAUCGUCCGGAUUUUCGAGUUCUUCGUCUUCGGAGAACAUGUUCUCCGGAUUGACCAUAUCUGCGUCAGAUGAGCCGAAAUACCAUGAUUUGCUUGAUCCGACAGUCGAGGUAGAUUUGGAUUAUUUCCUCUUACCUGAAGUACGCUAUAAGCAGCCUAUCUCGAUGCCUGGCAGUGCUCCAAGUAUUGCUGGAAGUCGUGGAAAUAUGAGUAACAUCAGUGGCUACCACAGUCAGAACGUAAUGUCAAGACAACCAACGCAAUACAAACCAAACCCAGCGAUACAGCCGGUUAGUUUUUUUUACUUACUUCGUACUUUACGUUUGUAACUUCAGAAUCCGUACGGGGAUUAUUCGUAUUCGAAUGUGAAGCGAUCUGUUGGUUACACCGACUUCUUGCCGCAGGUUGCACCAGCCGGAGCCGUUCGUCCCCAAACUUCCGUGCCGACGUCUUCAGCUGUCCGAUGCCCGUAUUGUUGGGAGUCGUACGUGAAGCUCUGUCAGCGAGUGGCCAACUUGGACCCAGUAAUCCAUUGCGACGGUCCGUGGCAAUGGCAUAGUCUUCUGGAUAGCCAAGGACGAGUCACGUGAGUUUCGGUAAUUCGAGUUGCCCAAUUCACAUUAUGACUCUUUCAGAUGCCCAAGACUGUGGUUCACUCAGCUUGACCGUGCCGGAGAAGACAUGCUGGCGCAGAUGGCCAUUGCACGAAAUGCACCCGUUUAA